GCAAUUCCCCCAUGUUUCUACCGCCGCAUUCCGCCGAACGAAAGUUUCACGUGACCCAUCCUUUGAUGCAUCAAAUUUUGGUGGCUCCGCAGCCAAGAUCAUUUUGUCCAAUUAUCAACCACCAUUCAACAGCUGAACUGCAACGUGCUGACUUGCUCGAGCUUGCUUAUAUAUCACGACAUAUUUUACAUACAUUCCCCGAUUAAGAAUUUGUCGGCCGGUUGGAAGAGCCGACUAUUCCGAAAGUCUGUAUCUAGAUUUGAAGAUUUGAUGAUCAAACAACCCUCAGGCUUUGUCUUUUGGGGUACAAACUAUCCCGUACAAUACGUGGACGCUUUGUCCCAACUCCUCGUUCACCGGUGUUUUUUGUCUCAGUUUUGUCUAAGAACCAAUUGUUAGUGAUGAUCCCAGAUUGAUCAGCAAUCAAUCAUGGUUAACACAAAACGUUCCGCACGAGGAGAGCGUGGAGAGUGAGUUAAUGGUCAGAUCAAACUCACGGGUACCAAACUUGCCAGACGUCGUAUACCCCUGUCAUGUCAAGCUUGUAGGGUCAGAAAGUUAAAAUGCAACAGAGAAAAACCAUGCCAAAACUGUGUAGUAAGGGGAAAUAUAGCCAUCACUACUUGCUCAUAUGCCGAGAAGAAUGAUGCUCGUUUACCGGGGCUCUCUACUUUGCAACCGGAACAAGAAGAUAUGAGAGCGCGAAUCAAUCGAUUGGAGAGCUCAAUUCUAUCUGUAAUUUCUAGGGAGAAAAAGAACAACAUCUCUCCUCUCCCUCUAAGUCUCGGAGAGAAUAAUGAUGAUCAUGCCGGUCAAGCAGGUGGCCAAAAAUCUUCUGUCGAUACAAAGAGUACACAUUGGGAUUCGAUUCUCCACGAUCUCGGAGAAAUGAAAGAUGCAUGGAUUGAUGAACACGAUCGAUUCGAGACAUCAUUGCCACCAGCAACAGCUUCAUAUCGACCAAGUCUAUCAGGGAGUCUUACUGAACCACCUGAUCGCGCAUCGAUACUUGCAUCUUUACCUUCCAGGAAAGAGGCAUAUAAGCUUAUUGAACGGUUCUUUGAAAGUUAUAACCCUUCCAUACCAGCAUGUUUCGCCAAUAGUUUGGACAAACAGAUUAAAAGUUUCUGGGAAGUGCCUCAAAAGGCUCGAAUCGUCUGGAUUGGUCUAUAUUUCUCAACCAUGUGUUUGGCCCUGCAAUCCUAUGCCCGUAAUAAUGACAUGCCUCCUGAAUAUCAAGAUACAUUAGCGACAGUCAUAGACCUUUAUCGUAUCCGCACCGCCCAGUGUCUCAUAACAGCUGAUGUCACAAGACCUGUCUACUUGAUAAUAGAAACCAUGCUAUGUUACGCUUUCAUUGAGUAUGCAUAUGAACGAGAUGGUGAUAUGGGUACUUGGCUUUUAUCCGGGAAUAUUAUGCGUCUAGCCCUACAACAAGGAUGUCAUCGUGAUCCGGAUCAGCAUUCUGGUCUCAGUGUGUAUGAGGGUGAAAUGAGACGUCGCGUUUGGCUGAUUAUUACACAGCAUGAGUUACUUUUCUCCGUUCAAAUCGGACUUCCAAAAUCCAUCAAGCUCGCUGAGUGCGAUUACAAAGAACCCCGCAACCUGCGCCUAGAAGAGCUUUCCGAAGACAUGACCAUUCUCCCCCCAUCCCGGCCUGAUGAUGAAAGCACACACAAUUGUUACCAACGCGUCCAAUCUCGAAUUAUGCGUGCCUACGGCUAUGUCAUUGAAUUUCUUCACACCGUCGAACCCCAACCAUAUACCGAAGUAAUCAGACUGGACGAAAUGCUCAAAAAAUACCACGAUCAGAUUCCCUCGCAUCUCCAACUUGGCACUCUUUCUCAAAUGGCUCACGAGACCCCAUCCAAUUUUGCCGAAAAAUUCUUCCUUCAAAAGUUUUACUAUAAAGCUACACUUCUUCUUCAUCGCAAAUAUUGGAACGCCACACUACCUGGAAACCCAGACGUAUUUUGA